AUGUUUUUUCACAUAAGGCCAAUCUUUAUAAUCAUCACAAAGUGCACACAGGAGAGAGGCCUUAUUUGUGUUCUGAGUGCGGACAUCGGAGGUCUCACACAGGAGAAAAGCCAUAUUCCUGUCCUGACUGCGGGAAAUGUUUUUCAGAUAAAUCCAAUCUUUAUAGUCAUCAGAGAUUGCACACGGGAGAGAAGCCCCAUUCUUGUUCCGAGUGCGGGAAAGGUUUUGUAA